AUGUCGGCCAUCCCGAAACUCGUCAUUUUGGUAUUGCUCGCCUCCGAUGGCUUCUGCUUAUUCCCAAGAUGCAACAGCUUCCUGUGCAAAUCAUCGAAGCUUCGCGAAGCGGUCACCUCAUCGACGCUUCAAUCCAUUAUAAUCAAUGGGUUGCUUGAGAAGAAGGUGACGAUAUCAGAAAACUUUGGACAAUUUUUAGUUAGUCAACCAGACAAGUCGAUCAGACUAUUCGUUCUGAUUUUCUUCUUUAUCCUUUGCAUUCUACUCAUGUGCGCCCUCUACUUUCGCGCCUACAUUUUCUAUCGAUUCCCGACGAUGGCGAAGGCGAUUCCGAAAAAAUACGACGUGCCGACGACGAAUUGCGACAACUCAAUUCUUCCAUAA